UUCCGCCGGCCAUGGGACCACAGUAGUUCCGGUCUGUUAGAGAAAGGCGGAUGAAACGCUCUUAACAGGGAACAAAGGGCGAGCUUACCAAUAUGUGAAUAGCUCUUUCCGCUUGAACCCAGACUGCAUCCACGAUGUCAAAACGGCCAUCCUACGCACCCCCCCCUCCCCCAGCCCCAACACCACAAUUGCCUUCCACCCCUGGGUUUGUGGGCUACAACCCUUACAGCCAUCUGGCCUACAACAACCUCCGGCUGGGAGGGAGCUCCGGAGGCUCCAGCAGGAACGCCUCAGGCAUCACCGUCCCAAAGCCUCCCAAACCUCCAGACAAGCCACUGAUGCCUUACAUGCGGUACAGCCGGAAGGUAAGCAGGAAGGUAUGGGACCAAGUGAAGGCAUCCAACCCCGACCUGAAGCUGUGGGAGAUCGGGAAGAUUAUCGGAGGGAUGUGGAGAGACCUGACUGAUGAAGAGAAACAGGACUACCUGAACGAGUACGAAGCUGAGAAGAUUGAGUAUAAUGACAAUUUGAAGGCCUACCACAACUCCCCAACCUACCUGGCCUAUGUCAACGCUAAGAACCGGGCUGAGGCUGCAAUGGAAGAGGAGAGCAGACAGAGGCAGACUCGUAUGGACAAAGGCGAGCCAUACAUGAGCAUUCAGCCGGCUGAAGACCCUGAUGACUAUGACGAUGGUUUUUCAGUGAAGCACACAGCAGCUGCUCGCUUCCAGAGGAACCACCGGCUCAUCAGCGACAUCCUCAGUGAGAUUGUGGUACCUGAUGUCCGCUCAGUGGUAACCACAGCCCGCAUGCAGGUCCUCAAGAGGCAGGUCCAGUCUCUUAUGGUACACCAGAGGAAGCUGGAGGCUGAACUUCUGCAGAUCGAGGAUCGCCACCAAGACAAAAAAAGACGCUUCCUGGAAACCACUGACUCGUUCAACACUGAACUCAAGCGGCUUUGCGGUCAGAAGGUUGAGGUGGACAUGGAGAAGCUUGCAGCAGAGAUGGCCGCGGCUGAAGAGGCGGCCCGUCGCCGGGCAGAGGAGAGGGAGCGUGAGGCAGCUGAGCAGGCAGAGAAAGCUGCUCAGCAGGCACAACAGCAACAACAGCAGCAGCAGCAGCAGCAGCAGCAGCAACAACAGCAGCAGCAGCAGCAGCAGCAACAACAACAGCAGCAGCAGCAGCAGCAGCAGGAUGCUGCUUGCAACAAAGCUGCUGAGCAGAGCAGUGCUAAUGCUAAAGGCACAGCUAACCCCCCUUCAGGGACCAAAGAGGAGGACAUGCCCCCACCAGUGGCGACAGAUAAAGCUGUGCCUGCAGAGCCCUCCUCAGAUUCCCAUAUGACUCCACCUCCUCCAUCCGAGGCACCCUCUUCUGCCUCUGAUAAAGCAACUCCUCCUCCUCCUGAGCCUCCCAGGGAGAGCAGCACCCCCAACAGCAGCAUCCCCAGUGACGACUGCAGCAACAGCAGCAACAGCAUGCCCCCUCCACCCUCAGAGAGCACCCCUGGAGGAGCAGCCCCAGAGCCACCUGUGGGCCAGGAAGCCAACUCCCCCGCAGCUAACCCUAAUGUGUCCGCAGCACCUCCGCCUCCCUCAGAAGACCCAGCCCCUCCCCCUCCACCACCACUACUACUCUCUAGCCAAAACAGCCAACAGUAUGAUAUGUAAGAGUCAGUGUUUAAUACACAGUGGUAGCUGUAGAUGUCUUCUCUGUGCUGCAGCUCCCCUUCUGUGAGAGGAGCAGCAGGUGUGGAAGAAGUGUUUUUUUACUAUUAGAGAGUAAGAUGGAAGCCCUGUUCAGACCUGGUGUUAACAUUUGUCGCAGGUGAUCCCAUCACAAGCAGAAAGCUCGGAGUACCGGUGUGAAUGCUCCCAGCAUGCAUUGAGCCCUUGGGAACAGAAGUGAUGUAUGUGUUUAUUUGCAUUAAUUGGGAUCAGAUCGCUGUGAACACUGGAGACGUUUUCUGAGAGACAGAUAUUGAUACCAAGUCAGAACAAGGCCUGAUGGUGAGAAUUGCUGGAUGGUUGAGGGUCUGUUAUUUAGCUCAAUAAAUAGCUAACUUGCAUUUUAAUGAGCUAGUUGUGGUUUUCAUCUUGUAGUGUCAGGCAUCCGGACCAACAAAGGGGAAAUGAGGAUUUCACUUAAAUCUGUAUGUUUCCUUUAGAUUUAUUCAUCAGUAGAUUUGAGUGAGAUUUUGACCUGACUGAGUUUGUGCUCCAGGCUUUGUACAAACUGCUUCUUAUGUAAUCAUCUCACCCAAUGGAUUUCCUUGUCAUCUAAAAUAACUACAUACAGGCUGAGCUCAGGACAACAGAGGGCUGUUAAAAUGUCAGCAAAAACCUCACUGUCUGCUUUGACGUUAUUUACCGGUAUCUCACGUAACACGUGAGAUGACCGUUACUCAUCUGCUCCCUCUUAAUGUCCAAAAUUCGGUUACCUCCAAUUGAGUUUCCAACUAACAGGUUCCACAUUCACUGAACUUAGGUAACGCUAUUCUCUAGGCCUGACAAGCACCGUUCAACUGAGCUAACAUACCGGCAGUAACUGGCAUCUCGACUCAGCCUCACACCUACACUUUAUCUGUGAAAUGUCACCUGUUGUCCAUAACUGCCACUGUGUAGACUCAAUACUGUUGGAUGUGGCUGAAAUGUUAAGAGUACAGAUGUAUGAUCCUUUAAAUCAGCACUGUAUAAUUUGACCAUAGCUGCAAACUCCAGGGGGUUCCUUGCAUAGUUUACCUUCUGUCCGACUAGCUAGGAAAAAAACAUCUGGCUAAGUGUGUUGCAUGAAAAGACCCCCCUACUUGUAAAACCUCAAACUUUUCUACUUUAUCAUUUUGUUUGAUUUGCAAAACAACUACUGUUAGUUCUACUUUGUGUUUUUUUUUUAUAUAUAUAUAUAGUGGAACCUUUUCAGAUAAAUAUAAUCAAUUUCAGCCUCAGUAUUAAACCUUUAUCAAAACGUUCAAUCAGAUGCCAUUUACAACGUUUAUAGUUCGGGAGGUGGCAACACAUUUUUCCAGGUCUUGAAAAUGCCACAUUUCAAUUAUUUAUGCACCCACACACUGCAUGUCAUACUGAAUACUAACCAUUGAAUACUUAAUUUUAGUCAGUGAGCGAAAGCCACGAGAAACUGUUGAAAUUUAAAAGUAGGACAAAAUGCUGCAAAAAAAACAACAAAUAAUUUACAUGAUGGAUUGUUUCCAUUGUGUUUUUUUUAAAGCUGUUAAUCAAAUGACCAGCAUGGGUUUAAAAGUUGAUGAUAUGGAUGUCUGUUCCACUGUCGAAAUCACAUUUAUUUCGGAAAUAUCUGACACCAACUCUUUCAGCCUUUCAUCCGAAAGGCCUCACAAACCUGAUUAUUAAGGUAUAUUUUUAAGGUUGCAAUGCUCCUUUAGACGGCAUAUUCCUGUUAACACAACAACUUCAGAAAAAAUGCAAAGUCUAAUCUCAUUUUAAUAUAACCUCAGAUACUUGUGCAUUUAAAGGACUAUUUUCUUACUUGAAUUAGACUGUUUUAAGUAUUGGGCUUCUGUUAUUUUUGCCUCUUUUUUUGUACCGUCAACUUGUCUAUCAAAAUAAAGGUGAUUUCUCAGUCAGA